ACAUAAUAAUGAUGAUGGAUCAGAUGAAGAGAACCUUGUGGAAGGAAAAAGUGAUGCAACAACAGAGAAAAUAUCAAUAUCAAAGAAUUACAAUAAAGAAGAACCAGAAGAAAACACCCGAAACGUUGUUGUUGACAAUGAUUUAGAAAUUUUUGAAGAAGAAAACGAGAUAGAAGAUGAUCCAAAAUUAUGGCCAAAUAAAAAGAAAGCCAGUAUAAUGUUUCUAGUUUCAAUUUCUGGAAUGAUUGCUCCUAUUGCAAACACAAUAUUUUUCCCAGCCAUAAUAAAAGUUCGUGAUGAAUUAAAAACUACUCAAUUACGUGUUAAUUGGAUAAUUUCAAUGUUUAUACUAUUUAUGGGAAUAGCACCAUUAUUUUGGGCAUCGUAUUCAGAUGCGUACGGGACAAGACAAAGAGUAUAUGUAGUAUCAUUGUCAAUGUUUGUCAUAUCAAGUGCAUAUUGUGUCUACGCAACAACGUUCGAGGAAAUUUUAAUCUUGCGCAUAAUACAAGCAUGUGGAUCUUCGGCAGUUAUAUGUGUUGGAGUUGGAACCCUUAGUGAUCUUUAUAUUCCUACUGAAACUUUUCGUUUCAAAAGGUCCGAGAUCAUAAGGGCAGCAUCGUCAAGAAAAAUAUUUAACCCACUCGCACCACUAGGAAUGAUGUGUUAUGUGAAUGUGGUAUUUAUCUUGGGAUAUAAAAUAUUUGUCACCUCAAUAGUCUAUGUGCAAAACAUACUGAUUCCAACAAAAUUUACAGCAAAUUAUAAAUUGACGUCAACAUUGGUUGGAUUGGUUUUUUUGGCACCGGGGGCAGGGUUAAUGUUUGGUAGCGUUAUUGGUGGCAAAUGGUCAGAUUAUGUGUUGAAAAAAGCCAUUCAAAAGAACAAUGGGGUUGCGUAUCCGGAAAUGAGAAUUUUUAGCUCAUGGGUUGGAGUUAUUUUGAUACCUUUAUCUUAUUUAAUCUACGGAUGGUUAUUGGAAGCUAAAGUUCAUAUUGUUUUCCCGUUGAUUUUUAUGUUUUCUGGUGGAUUUGGUACAAUGAUAGCAUUUAAUUCAUUGACAACAUAUUUAGUAGACUCGUAUCCAUCAAGAAGUGCAUCAGUUAUAGCAUUGAAUAAUUUCUUGAGAUCAGUUUUAGCUGGUGGAAUGUCAGCAAUCGCUCAACCGAUUGAGACAGCUAUUGGGAGCGGAUUUACAUUUACAAUCAUCGUUUCGAUAAAUGUAAUCACAAUUAGUUUGUUGAUUGCUAUCUAUAAAAAAGGUAAAUACUGGAGAGAAAAACAGGAUAUUGCUAAACACUGA